AUGGACGAGUAUGAACGGGAUGAUUAUGAGCAAGAUGAUGAACCGGUCUCUAGCUCAGAAGAACGCGGUGCGGGAACUUCUCGCAAUGUUACAGCGCAUCAACAACAACAAUCGCCUCGUUUAUUUCAAACUAUCUACAACAAAUACACAUCGAACUCCCGUCCUGCUGCAAGAAUCGAAUCCCCUCAGAUUGACGCAGAGGCAUCUACCUCUCACCCCAUGAUUCCCGUCCUUCAUCGGCAUGGCUUAAUUGACCCUACAUCCAGCGCCAACUCGAUUGACAACGCCCGAGCGUAUGUCUCGUCUAUACGCCCUGUGGGGGGUCAACAGCUCAAGCAAUGGGUGAAGUGGUCCAAAGGAGCCGCUAAAGCACCGGAUGGCAGCUUCGAGCGUAGGCCUCUGGCACCAGGAGAGUGGGUAGUAGUGGGAAGAGGGACAUAUACUGGUGAUGCCGCACAAAUACUUCGACGUAGUUCUGCAACAACUGGAGAGGAAGGGUAUCGGGUGCUAAUCGUCCCCCGUAUCGCGCCGCUUUGGGUUCUGGAAUCCAAGAAGCGAAAGAGGGGUGCCCGCUUUGAUGCACGUUUGUUUGACCCGGAGGACUACGACGUUGAUGUGGCGCCGGAGGCACGCGAUCUUCAUCUGUACUCUUUUCUUGGAAAAAUGUUCAGUCAUGGCCUUCUGAUAAAAUUCUUUUGGACGUCGACGUUAACGCCCAUCAGCUGUAUACCCUCGCACACGCGCUUCCUUUUCAAAGAUCACCCUUUUUCGAAUAGAUUCCCCUAUCCUCAACCUGAUUUUUGGUACUUCGAAUCUGACGAAGUCAUAGACGUUAUGGAUAACCCUCUGGUCCCGAAUGGGCGAGGUAUCCUUCAAAUCGUUGACAACACGAACUACACUGUCAAUUUCGGGGAUACUGGUACACACUGUGUUAAGAAAAGCAGCUUACGGAAGAUCGUCGUCCUUGGCGAUUAUGUUGAAGUUAUUGUUGGUCGUUAUGCGGGAGCGGAGGGCCUUGUUGUGGCCAAACAUGGCUCCAUUCUCGCAAUAUCGCAGAAAUCAAGUCGCAAAGGGAUCGACAUGCUUGUUGACGCUAACUCCUGCAAGCGCUGCACACGCGCUGCGUUUCACCAUUCGAGCAUUCCCUGGUAUAACGUAGAUGUGACCAUCAUUCAAGGAUUGUACUCUCCGCGAGAUGCAGUUAUCAAGGAUGUGAAGCGGGGUCGCUACAACGACUGCCUUGUUCUGAAUGUUUACAUUCCAGAACUGGGGUGUUCUGCAGAGGUGGAGGAUGUCAAUGUUACAUUAAAAGGGCUCACGUCGUUCACGCCUUUGUGGGAAACGCUACCACUCGAUAAUGCGACUUAG